AUGGCCAAUUUCACCAUGACAACAGGAUUCCUCCUCAUGGGCUUUUCUGACAUCUGGGAGCUACAAAUCUUACAUGCCAUGUUCUUCUUGCUGAUCUACCUGGUGGCUCUAAUUGGGAAUUUGCUCAUCUUCACCCUCAUCUCUCUUGAUAGGAAACUCCAUACUCCUAUGUACUUCUUCCUAAAGAAUCUGUCCUUUUUAGAUCUUUGUCUUAUUUCCAUCACAGUUCCCAAAUCAAUUGCAAACUCUCUCAGUCACAACUGCUCCAUCUCUUUUUUGGGGUGUGUUUCACAGCUCUUUUUAAUGGUGUUAUUUGCUGCAUCAGAACUUUUUCUCCUAACAGCAAUGUCCUAUGACCGUUAUGUAGCCAUCUGCCUGCCCUUACAUUAUGAAGUCCUCAUGAAUGGUGAAAUUUGUAUGAAAAUGGCAGCUGCUUCCUGGCUCAGUGGAGGCUUUUUGGGGGCUCUGUACUCAGUUACUACAUUCACUUUGCCAUUCUGUGGCUCCAAGGAGAUUCACCAGUUCUUCUGUGAUGUCCCUUCCUUACUUAGGAUCUCCUGCUCUCAUUCACACCUUGCAGUUGAUGUUACUAUGACUUUUGGGUUUGGUUUAGGGAUUUUCUGCUCUAUUUGUAUCACAGUCUCUUAUAGUCACAUCGUCUCAAUUGUGCUGAAGAUUCCAACCACAAAAGGUAGGUCAAAAGCCUUCUCCACUUGCCUGCCCCACCUUUUCAUUCUCAUGGUUUUUAUCACAACUGGUAUCAUUGCUUAUCUAAAGCCACCUCAGGAAUCUGACUCAGUUAUUGACCUGUUGUUGUCCUUGUUCUAUACAGUAGUGCCUCCAACUAUGAACCCUAUUAUUUAUAGCCUGAGAAACAAGGACAUGAAAGCUGCUCUCAGAAAACUCAUUGCCUGGAAAUAUUUCUCAAAGGAAUUAAUACCAAAGGCUUUUCCAUGA